GGCUCCACGGUGCUGAGCUCCGCCGAGAGCCUGGACGUCAGCCAGUCCUCGCUGCUGAACGGGGCGGCGGAGCUGAAGCUGAGCCGCUCCAACGAGAAGGAGCAGCUGCAGGGGCUGAACGACCGCUUCGCCGGUUACAUCGAGAAGGUGCAUUACCUGGAGCAGCAGAACAAGGAGAUCGAGGCGGAGCUGGCGGCGCUGCGGCAGAAACACGCCGGGCGGGCGCAGCUGAGCGAUGCCUACGAGCAGGAGCUGCGGGAGCUGCGCGGGGCGCUGGAGCAGGUGAGCCACGAGAAGGCGCAGAUCCAGCUGGACUCGGAGCACAUCGAGGAGGACAUCCAGCGCCUGCGGGAGCGCUCGCGGCUGCGCGACGAGACGGAGGCCACCAUCCGCGCCCUGCGCAAGGAGAUGGAGGAGGCCUCGCUGAUGCGGGCGGAGCUGGACAAGAAGGUGCAGUCGCUGCAGGACGAGGUGGCCUUCCUGCGGGGCAACCACGAGGAGGAGGUGGCCGAGCUGCUGGCGCAGCUCCAGGCGUCGCACGCCACCGUGGAGAGGAAGGACUACCUGAAGACUGACCUGACCACGGCGCUGAAGGAGAUCCGCGCCCAGCUGGAGUGCCAGUCC